UUCAGCGUAAGAACCAGCAGCAGCAGGAAAAUGAGGGUUCUGGGAUGUAUUUUGAAGUUGAAGGGUAUGUUGGAAAAGCUUCAAAAGAGUGUCUUGUUGCGGAGACAUAAAUCAAGUUUCUGUGAGGGAGAUUAUGAAGAAUUGGGAGAUGACAGAGGGUGUGUUGCUGAAGAUGUGAAAGAAGGGCAUUUUGUUGUGAUUGCAAAGGAUAAUAUUGAGACAAAGAGAUUGGUGGUUCCGUUGAGCUGUUUAAAGAACGCAAGAUUCUUGAGGCUGUUGGAGGAAGCUGCAGAAGAAUAUGGGUUUGAUCAACAUGGUGCACUGACCAUACCUUGCAGGCCUAGUGAACUUGAGAUGCUAUUGGCUCAACAAUGGAAAGAAAGAAGACGAUUCUGAUGCUGCUAGGGAAAACUCCUGCAGAAAAACCAUGGCUAAAAGCUACAAAAGUUAUGUACUCAUGUAUUGAGCAUAUACUACUGCUAGAGUUUUUACAUUGAGGGUUU